GAGAAAGUCCUGUUAACCGUCAUUUUCGCACUAAGGCUCUCAUAACGGCCGACGGCAGGCUAAUGUGCCAUUUUUAAAUCAUCCGAGGUCCAGUAAAAGGCAACACAAGAGCCAAGUCCCGUGUCGUUGUCCUGCUUCCGCCGCCAGAUCCACACAGGUUGUCGUUCUGUCAAGACCAGCAGAGCCAAGACCCGUCGAUGGCGUCUCCGGAGAUCGUUGAAGCAACGAAUGCACCUGAACCCGUCAGGGCAGAGAGGGCCGACGACGACCGCACCCUUCGUGAACAGCCCUCGUUUGACAUGGCCGAAAAGACCGAGGAGGCACGGGUUGAGGCAAAGGAGGAGGGCAUCCGCGAGCAGUAUGGGGAGCCGCCGGAUGGUGGAAUGAAGGCAUAUUUGGUGCUGCUGUCCACGGUCCUCUGCACGUUUACGACCUUUGGGUUCGUCAAUGCCUGGGGUAUAUUCCAAGAUUACUACGAAGCCACUCUUCUCAAAGAUGAGAAUCCCUCAAACAUUGCGUGGAUAGGGUCAAUACAGUACUCGCUGGUAUUCUUUCCCGGUCUAGUCACCGGACGACUGUUUGACCUAGGCUUCUUCAAAAUCCCCUUCUUCGUCGCUAGCUGUGUCCUCGUCGCGUGCACCUUCCUCACCGCCGAAUGCACCGAGUACUGGCACUUCCUUCUCUGCCAGGGCUUCGCUUUGGGGCUUUCUGCCGGUGUGAUCUUCGGCCCUACGCUCGGUGUCGUCUCGCAUUGGUUCAAGAAGAAGCGCGGGCUGGCGUUGGGCAUUACGGCGCUAGGAUCGUCGGCUGGAGGAACCGUUUUCCCAGUCGCGGCGCAGAACCUGCUGCCUAUGGUAGGGUUCAAAUGGACAAUGCGUAUCUUCGGUUUCAUCCUCAUCGGGUGUCUCGGCGUUGGCAACUUGCUGAUCGACCGGCGACUACCUCCUAUACCGGUCAAAGGCGGGCUUCUCAACCUCGCUGCGUUCCGUAAUAAAGCGUACACCAUGUAUUGUCUAUCGGGGUUGAUGACCUUCCUCGGGUUAUAUACAGUCCUGACAUACAUCCCCGUGAGCGCCACCCUCGUCGGCGUCUCGCCCAACUUCGCGCUCUACCUCGUCGCCAUCGCAAACGCCUCCUCCGCACUCGGCCGCAUCCUCGCGGGCUACUUCGCCGACCGCGUCGGCGCCAUCACCAUCAUGACGCCCUUCACCGUCGUCGCCGGCGUGCUCACGUUCGCGUGGCCCUUUGCGCGCACGCAGGGCUCGCUCAUCGCCGUCGCGGUGAUCUAUGGCGGGUCGUGCGGCGCGUACGUCUCGCUCUGCUCCGCGCCCGCGAUUCUCAUGGGCGAGACGGGCGAUGUCGGGCGGAGGGUGGGCAUGUUUUUCACGAUUUCGGCGGUGGGCGCCGUUGCGGGGCCGCCGAUCUCGGGUGCUAUUAAUAGUGCGACGGGCGGAUUUGAGGAUGUGGGAUGGUAUGCGGGUGGAACUGUGAUGCUUUCCGCGGUGAUGCUUCUCGCCACCAAAUAUCUCCACACUGGCAGCAUUCGGGGAAGAUUCUGAACCAUGCGCCGAAUUGGACAGCGUUAAAGCUGUCGUGCGCAUUUUACAACCCAUUAAGGCGGGGACGAGCCGGCUUCCACCCCCGUGUAGCAUAAUAUCGCUUGCUUUGCACUUUGGAGGGACUUUAUAUAAUAUACACCCCAAUAGGGUUAUGACUGGAUUAUUAAACGGAUCUAUUAAACGGAUCCAAUGCUGGUUGUAAUACGUUAGUGGAUACUCUUGGCUACCGUUGACGAAUGCU